AUGGCGGGCAUUUUUUCUUCAGGAACUGCCAACACUGGCGGGAAUCAUGACGCUGCAGCAGCAGCAGCAGCAGCAGCAGCUGCUGCUGCUGCUGCUCCAGCUGAGGCCGCAAAUGGAGCCACAAGACCUCACGCAGCUUCUCACAUUGGCCGCCACGUAAAGCCCGAAGUCUGGGGCCCCCCCUGGGCCCCUUCCCUUGACUCGGAGGGGCCCCGGGGCCCUGGGGAGGCUGCUGCUGGCAGCAGCAGCAGCAGCAGCCGGAGGCCGAGCUGCAGCAGCAGCAGCAGCAGGAACAGCAGUGCUGCUGCGGUGAGGGGCCCCCCGAAGCGAGCUAGGGGCCCCUCUGCUGCAGAACCUCCUUCAGCUUUUGCUGCUGCUCUUCAGAGGGGCCCCCAAAACCCAAAAAGAAAUAAAGCCAAAAGGAAACCCCUGAGGCCCUCCGUGCUGCUGCGGCUGUCCCCUCACCCCCUGCCCCUCUUCCAGCCAGACUCCCCGCAGCAGCAGCAGCAGCAGCAGCAACAGCAGCUGGGAUCCCCGCAGCAGCUGGGGGCCCCCCCUUCCUUCCGGGGGCUUCCUUCCAGGGGCCCUCAGGACUUUGGGGGACAGGCAGCGGGCAGGGAGGCGCAGCAGCAGCUGCUGCAGCUGCGGCUGCAGCAGCAGCAGCUGCGGCAGCAGCAGCUGCAGCAGCAGCAGCGCCAGCUGCAACACGAAGUCCACAGUCAGUAUGGGCGGAUGCUGCGCUGGCAGCUACAGCAGCACCAGCAGCAAGGGGAGAUACUGCAGCAGCUGCUGCAGCAGCACGAAGAGGAGUACGAGGAGCACCAGCGGCAGGUGCAGCAGCACCAGCUGCAGCAGCAGCAGCACGCCCAGCAGCAGCAGCAACAGGAAAGCGGCGGUCACUCCAGCAGCAGCUCCUCAGCUGUCGCUGCGAGGCGGCUUUCCGAGGACCGCAGCAGCUUUUCUCGCAGCAGCAGCAGCGUGAGCAGCAGCAGCGUGAGCAGCAGCAUCAGCAACAGCGUCAGCAGCAGCAGCAGCAUCAUCAUGAACCACAGCAGCAGCAGCAGCAGCAGCGGGGUAGAGACAGAGAGCUCCUUUGACCCCCCUUCUCAUAUAUCCAGCAGCAGGGCCUCUGUUGCUUCUGAGGGCGAGGGGGGGGCCCCCUUGGCUGCUGCAGCAGAGGAGGGCGCAGCGGCUUCCGGAGCAGCAGCAGCAGCAGCAGCAGCAGCAGCAGCAGCCGCAGCGCUGCUGCCCGUGCCUGCUGCUGCGCAGCAGCUGAUAUCGGCUUUAGCCUACGGGCUCACAGGGCGGGAGGGGGAGCAGCAGGAGGCUUCCUUGGGCGCUGCUGCUUCCGCUUCAGCAGCAGCAGCAGCGGGCGCCGCAGCAGCAGCAGGCGCAGCAGCAGCAGCAGCAGUAGAAGGCCCGCGCCUCGCAGAGGGGGUCUUCGCGUGGCUGCCCACGGGGUGUCUGCACACCAUAUUUAACUAUUUGCUGCCGGAGGAGAUUCUGCGGGUUUCGGGUGUAUGUACAGCUUGGCGAGCAGCAGUUUUCGACUGCUGCGGGGCCUUUUGCUGCGUCACUUCUGUGACUUUGGGGGGCCCCUGGCUGCUGCUGCAGCGGCUGCAGCGGCAGCGCGUGCUGCUGCAGCUGCAGCGGCUGCAGCAGCUGGAGGUGCCCGCGGCGAGCUUCUGCUGCAGCAGCAGCAGCAGCAGCAGGAGCCCGCUGACGCUGAAGGAAGUUGCUGCAGUGGUGGCGCGGAACUGCAGCAGCCUGCAGCAGCUGCUGCUGCGGUCCCCCGAGUCCCCGCUGCAGGACUUUUCGCCACUGAGUCCUCCCUUUUCUUUGAAACCUCUUUUAUUUCCUUUUUUGAAAAAACUUUUCAUUUCCGGAUCUCAAACUCCGCAGUGGCUGCACCUCUUGGCCAACGCCAAGUGCCCCAGCGUGCGCCGCAUGCAAGUGGCUUACUUCCCGCUGCACGCGCGCCACUGGUCCUGGAACGUGCUGCCCGACUACACAGCGCUGGGGCUGCGGGGGCUGCUGCGGCUGCUGAACGAAAUGCCGGCCUUAGAGAGACUCACUUUGGGGCUGCAGGUGCGGCCAGACUCAGCAGCAGCAGCAGCAGCAGCAGCAGAUGCAGAUGCGUUCCACCAAGCCCGAAUCGCCUCCAGCAGCAGCAGCAGCAGCAGUAGCAGCAGCAGCAGCAGCAGCA